UACCGCAUCUCUCACUUCCCUUUAAGGGAAGCAGUGCGUAGCAGCACUCCAGGAAAUGUGUCAAGGAGCCGUAAUAUCACAGAGUCCGCUUGGCUGAGGGCAUGAGUGGAACACGUUGGGGAAACCAUGAAGGACUUAAAUGAAUUGUAACCCGUCUAUUCCAGCAGAAGGAAACUAUGGCGACAGCGGCAGCAGCAACGGGCUGGUUGUGUUUUCUGACUCUACAUCUGACAUGUGCGAUGGUGCCGGCACAGAACCACUACGGGGAGACAGAGAUCUACCAUGUGAGCGCUGGCCACUUUUUCCUGCUGAGGUGUCACAAAGCUCACAGUCACUCCAGGGUGGCCUGGAUGAGGGGGGACAACUCCAGCCUUCCCGUCGGAACGGAGGUCAGGGACGGGUCGCUGUGGUUUCUACCCGUGCAGGCGUCCCAGACCGGAACCUACACGUGUGAGAAAAGGGACGAGGCCGGAUCGUUGAGGAUGACGUUCGAGGUGUUGGUGUCGACGGGAGAGUGUCCCGAUGCGCCCGAGGCCGUAGACGUCACAAAGGGAACCAGCAGAGCGCUUCCUUGCAAACAGACGGAAAUCCUCAAACUGAACAGCAGCAGGAACAUACGGUGGAUGAAGGACUGCCUCCCAGUGGAGCAGAGGAGAAGAUCCGUCUCUGUGGACAGAAAAGGAGACUUGCGGCUGACUGCUCCCUCGGAGAAGGAUGCUGGGAUAUACACCUGCCUGAUAGACUUCAGCUUGGACGGCCGGAAUUACACGUCCGCACGCAGCAUCCAGCUAGAUAUUAGGGAUGAAACCAACAUUGAUGUUAUAGUGGAGCCAGAGGUGGUGUUCCCUCGAGAAAGCGUGGUCAUGGUUGAAGUGGGUAUGAGUGCGGAGCUCAUGUGUUUAGCCUACACAGGCUUCAAUGAGGACAACGAGACCCUGAUGUACUGGACUGUUAACGAGACUUACACAGAGGACUACGAGGAGCUGAGUGAGUCCUGGAAAUAUAUUCGCCAAAGAGGGGUGGUGUAUGGUCAUUCCACUCUGUCCAUCUCCAAAGUUCGUACUGAGUUCCUGAAUGUCUCCAUCUGUUGCCACAUAAUGACCCUAACCGGAGCAAAGUUUGGCGAGGCCUGGCUCCAAGAAGCCGACCACAGCCUCUUUUACACAAGUGUGGCUGUCUGCCUCGCUUUCCCCCUGGCUAUUCUCUGCCUGGCUACCUCCUUUUUCCUCUUCAGAGUAGACUUGAUUUUGGUCUACAGGAAGCUGCUGAGACAUUUUCCCAAACAAGUUCCAGACGGGAAGCUCUAUGACGCCUAUGUGAGCUUCCUCCAUCCCGACAUGUCGGACGAGACGGAAAGCUUUGUCCUACAGAUCCUGCCCGAGGAGCUGGAGGGACAACAUGGCUACUCAUUGUACAUCAGAGGGCGGGAUGACUGCCCUGGGGAAGCGAUUCACGAUGUCAUCGCUGCCACGCUUCGCCAGUGCCGCAGACUGAUAAUCAUUUUGCCAUCUGAUGGAAAAACACUGGAAACGUUACCCUUAUGUGACAACCAAAACCAGAUGUGCUACGAGCAGAAAAUUGGCCUUUAUGAUGCUUUAACUUGGAAUGAUCUGCAAGUCAUUCUGGUGGAAAUGGAUGGUCCGGUGGAUUACAGUCGCCUUCCAGAGUCUCUGCGCUACAUCAAGAGGAAACAAGGAGCGUUGAAGUGGAAGAAAGCUUACACUGGAAGUCACAGACUGACCAAGUUCCACUCAAACAAAACAUUCUGGAAGAAUCUGAGAUAUCACAUGCCUGCAGUGCCUAUAAGAAGACGUCAAGCUGUUAUCUAAACCGAGGACGGAUACUUUGUUUUCAUCAUUUCCCUCUUAAUGGUCCAUGUGGUUACCAGAUGCAUUAAUCAUCUGAAUGACAAGACACUAGUACCGUACUCAGGACAGCCUUAUUUACUGGAAUACCUCAAUGGAAUACCUCAAUAAAUACAACAAUGUCGGCAGAGAAAAAACUGAUGGACUAAUAACUGGCACUGACGAAGCUCAGUGAACCAGAUUAUCGUCAUCUUUACUGCUUUUUGGAACAAAGAAAUUUUACCACCAGGAGCACCGGUAUCAGUUUGAGUUGAAGCCCAUGGUUUCCCAAUCACAGCACAGCGGUGACUGGUGCUGUUUGUGUUUUGAUAUCUGACGUGCAGGUUGUUUUAAAGUCUGCGCCUCCUCUCGAGAGAAGAGAACGAAAUGUAAUUAGUCCUGAAGUAUUAUUAUUAGGAUAUUCAGUUUAAUACUGACAAUGUUUUGUGUUAUUUAAGUGUUUGUUAAGUGUGAAUUGAAGCAGGCUUUCUGAAGCCAGAGUGUCAGCCUAAGAAGUGAGCCCUGUGCUCAUACCUGGCGUUGGUGAGAUUAAAACAAAGAACAGAUGUCACCCUACACAGAUUGUAAUGUUUUUCCUUCCUGCUUAUUCAUCCUAGGUCAUACCAAAUUCUAAGGAAGGCGUGGUUUACCAGUUAUCAUGAAACGUUUUGUUUUUUGUUUAUAGUUUUAGGUCAUCAGUUGCUUCCAGAGGCUUUUGCAACAAAUGCCAGUAAACAUUUACCUCUGAUUAACCACUGAUCCAGAAGCCUCGUGUAUCAAAUUGUGUGUAGAAAAGGUUCUAAAUUCUGCCAUAGGAAUGAAAUUUUGAAUGUGUUUAAGUACAAAAAAAUCCAGAAUUAUCAAACAUGCGUACACCAGACCCCACGCACACUGAUAAGAAAUCGGUGAUGAUAAAUCCCACCUGUUCUUAACUAUCAUGCUCGUGCAUGGUUCGGGUCAUUUGCAUUCAGAAACGCCCCGAAUAGACCAUAUAUGGUGGAAUUAGAUCAUGAAAAUUUUAAUUUCUUUCUUUCCAAAGGUCAGCUAACAGGCAGACUUACCUAAAAUCUUUGUAUGAUCCUCGCUCUUGUUUGAAUGAGUUUUUGAACCAGCAUUGAUUAAUAGAGAUGUAGUUGCAUCUCACAUUAUCUGUGUAUUGAUUGAAUGAAAUCCUUUCCCAUUCACGUAA